GUAGGAGACGAUAACUGCGCAUAGGAGCGAGAAGGACGAAUUUGCCGCUAGUAAAAGGGAAAAGACAAGGAAGGAAACGAGAACGCGUUUGUGAGGGCGUGCUCGUCGAGGCGAAUGGCGUCGUUGCCGCACACACAAGAGUCGUAUUAUGAAUUACCGCAAACUGUCGCCAACAACGAGAUAUGUUAUAUAUCGAUUAUUGAAAGCAGUACAUAAAAUCUCUCUGUAAAAUAUUCUUCAAGAAGUUACUGAUGUACGACAUACCGCUACUCCGGCUUGAUGCUGAGCAAGUCUCGAGAAGUAAAUCGGCAUCGAGAUGACCACUGAGAAGGCGAAGCUUGUAAACAAGCAAUUCAAUUCUCCCAUCAAUUUAUACUCGCCGCAAACGAUACAAGAAACUUUGGACAGGCAGACUCAAGUUUUGGCCAACGGUGCAGUCGGAAUCGACUUCAACCAGUUGGCCAAGCCAGCGAAUCUACAGAAUAGCGCGGUCCUGCGUAUGCUCGAAGAAGAGGAAGCGAGACAGCGCGGUGGUCAACCUAAUCUCAAGCGGGUAGCUUGGCCACCGCCUCCAGAGGAUCAAGACUUCGAUUUCGUGGAGCAAGGUCCCGUCCAAGCGAAGACCCGUGGAAUCGGUGAACUCUGCUCGUACCAGAGUAGUAGUCCCUCGUCAGGUCCGUCACCUCAACCACCCUCGACGGUCGCACUGUCGUCGGCUCAGAGCGUCGUCCCAUCGUCCCCGUCGCCGGUCAGUCCUGCCGGCAUUCUGCGGCAGCCCUCGUAUUUCCAGCAGCAAACGACCGUUAACAAGGCUUGGGCGCCGGUGACACCCCCGGUGACCUCACCGUUGUCGCAACAACAUCCUCUGCCGCCGGCCUCCUGGCCGAGCCAGCCGCAGCAGGAACAGCAGGCUGAGCAGCAACACCUCCAAGAUCCCUACGACCGAACAUCGCAGAGGCAGCAGCAGAAUCAACCUGCGUAUCACUCAUUAGCUCCUGCGGCGUUCGAGGCACCACCCUCCACUAUCGUUCUUCGUCCUGAGCCGCCUAUCUCGCAGGUGCCAGCACCCGUGUACCAAGCUCAACCUGCAGCGACCAAGGCCCCGGUGAGCGGCAAUAUGCGAGGAGAUCUCAAGUGGCCGCCGGCGUCCGUGAAAGCCCAAGUGGAGGCGGAGAACCAGGCAAGGGUAGAACUUGCCAAAGGUCCCGCUUUCAGGCCCCGUCGAGUGAACAAGGAUUACACCGGCUUUUUCGCGCAGCACGCCCUGACCAACACGUAUCCGGGCUACCGGGCUCCGCCGGGCACGCAGUACUUCACUCCGGCUUACCAACACUAGCGAAUACCUCCGAGCAAUGUGCGAAGCAUCGCCCUGAGCCCACCUCUGACGCACUUCCGUAGAAUGGAUUUUACGUCGAGCGUCGGCCGUCCCGAUCGCGACGUCAUCGUUCACGGUUGUUCUUCGGUCGGACCGAGCCAAAAUGCUCAGGACGCUGUAUUCGUGGAUCUCCCGAGAUUCGCGAUAAACUCGAGAAGCGUAUGGAGCACAACGUCGUCUCGACGACGGUGUCUUUGAAAUUAUCACAUUGGAAAACAUGAAAGGUGAUAUAGGUCAACGGAAACACUUGUGAAAUCGGUCGAAUCUGUGCCGUUAAAUUUCGUUUUGCAACUUUUUCAUUCGGACUGUGAAUCUGUGCACAAAAAUUGUGCUGUCGCUCUCUUUCAGAACACGGUCUGCUAUGUACAAAAUCUCUGUUUUAUUUCUUCAUGCGCUUCUCGGGUUUUCACAGAGAGAGACUUACGUUCCGGAUUUCGAAAGUUUCAUGAAACUGUGUAUAACGGAGACUGAACGGUUGCGCCUCUCGUCUUUGCAGGCCAACGCAAAUCAAUAACGAUUACUACGAAAAUCCAAUUCCUUUCGUGGCAUUCGUUUAAUCAUCCGGACGUCACCAUUUUAAUCAAGUCACAGAUUUAAGCAAAUUCAAUGUUGCGAUAGAAUUAACGUUGCGAACACAAUACAGGUUUACAAAACUAACGCUUUGUCAUACGAGUCGUAAGAGUGGUGGGUCAUAAGCAACUGCUUGAGAGAUUUCGAGUGAUAGUGGCAGAUUGUACUGUCAUUGCGAAAACAACGACGAUACACUGAGAAACAACGAAUGUCCAGUAUAACGAGUAAACACAAAUCCGUAAGAUUAACGAUCGAAUCGAGUUAAAAAGAGGAUGUAUACGGAAAGAUGACAAUGUACGAAGGGUUAUCUUGUAUAUCGAAAUGCGACGCAUUUUGCAACGUCGCGAUUUGACAACGGUCUGCCCGUUAACUAACCGACGAAUAAUUUUUAAUAAUGUAAUAUAUCGAGAUGUGAAUAUAUAAAUAAAUAUCUUUAUCAAUUUG